CUUGCCGGCUGCUGGUCUUCUUAUUCCUGUUGUAUGCUCUCAUUGUUGGUGGUUGGCUUGAGGAGUUUUAACAUGGACCUGGGUUGACGCGCUCCAUGCUGCGAGACAUGAGGAGGAUCGCUGGAGAAUCAUUAGUUAGCUGCAGCAGCUCUGUCCUCCUGAAGACAUCUGGGGCAUGACACCAGAUCACGUUCAUCUUUCAUUCAUAACUUCCUCCUCCUCCAUCUCCCUCUACCACACCUCAGUAGGGACCUCUUACUUCAGCUCCACCGCAUUGAUGAGGUAACGUCACGCUCCGCUCAACGCAGCACCCACCUGCACAAACACCACCCUCCCCAUCACCUCCCACCCUUCCCUCCUUCUGCCACCUGUUCCAUCUCAGCCAUGGGCCAGAAGAUCUCCGGCAGCAUUAAAUCUGUGGACGGCCGCGGUGAAAGCGGUGGUUCCCCGUCCUACCGGCCCUCAGCUCAUCGCAGGCAGCACCCAGAGUUGAGGGGCCCGGAUUUCUCCAAACCUCCCAGGCUGGAUCUCCUUCUGGACAUGCCUUGUGCCAGCUUGGAGACACAACUUCGUCAUGCGUGGAAUGCAGACGAUCGUUCUUUAAACAUUUUCAUCAAAGAGGAGGAUAAGUUGACGUUUCACCGCCACCCGGUUGCUCAGAGCACAGAUUGCAUCCGAGGACGGGUCGGAUACACGAGAGGUCUCCACGUCUGGAGGAUUCACUGGCCCUCCAGGCAGCGUGGAACCCAUGCUGUUGUUGGAGUGGCCACCUCUGAAGCACCCUUGCAUUCUGUGGGGUACACUGCCUUGGUGGGGUCAGACUGUGAAUCCUGGGGCUGGGAUCUGGGACGUAACCGCCUUUAUCAUGAUAGCAAAAACCGGGCGCACAGCUCGCUGCCAUCUUACCCUUCUUUCCUGGAGCCGGAGGAGUCGUUCACCCUGCCGGACUCCCUGCUGGUCAUUCUGGACAUGGACGAAGGAACGCUGAGCUUCAUGGUUGAAGGACAGUAUUUAGGAGUGGCAUUCCGAGGGUUGAAAGGCAAGAAACUACAUCCCAUCGUCAGCGCUGUGUGGGGCCAUUGUGAGAUAUCCAUGAAGUACAUCAAUGGACUUGAUCCCGAGCCUCUUCCUCUAAUGGACCUGUGUCGGCGUGCGGCCCGCCUCGCGUUGGGUCGGGAUCGCCUUCAGGAGAUCGAAAGCCUCCCUCUGCCCCAGUCCCUCAAGAAUUACCUCCAGUACCAGUGACUGACACCAGCAGAGCCCACUGGCACUACAAGGACACCACAGCCAAGCAGCAGGCAGGCAAACCACAAGCGGAUGCAAGGAAGCGCUUGAAGGAAACGAGGAGGACGGUCCCGAGUGUGCGUGCUACUGGUGGAUUCACUGACAUACGGGGUCCGGUCUCUCUGAGAACAGCAGCACCAGCUUCUCACGGUUCUGGAGCUACUUUUAUUUUUUUUCCUGUUUUGGAUUUGGAAGUAAAUUAUUGCCGAGGGUAUGGUGGCGACAGGCGACGAUCGCCAUCUAGUGCUCAGAAUAGAAACUGUGCAGAGAAAGCACACUAAUCCUACCCUGGAGGCCUUUAUGAUGAGAUAAGAGUGAGUGAGCACUGACACAGGUGACAGAGGAUCGGAGCACAAAUGGUUUCAUCUCACCCACCAAAAAGCUGUCUUCAACAUGUCGCUCGCAUCUGCACUGAAGCCCUUUCCAGACAUGUCACACUCCUGCUUUCAUGGAGCGUAGACUUUUUACAUAAAGGAAAUAAUGAUGCAUUUUUUACUCAUUUUACUUUAUUUUAGUUUUUAGUUUUUUACAUAUUUUACCAAUCCACAGUUUGACGUCAUUUACUGGUUCUUUUAAGUUAAUACAUGCUGCAUUUUGAGAGCAGUUGUAUUGCAUAGUCAGUGAAAGUAUUAAAUAGAUGGAGGCUUUGAUCAUGAACUCUUGGGGUAUCUACAGGUAUAUUUCAUAAACACAUGUGGCAUGCACCCGCGACCCUAGUGAGGAUAAGCGGCAUAGAAAAAGGAUGGAUGGAUGUGGCAUGCAUUGACAUACAAAGAACUUUUUUAGGUUUUUGUUUUAAAGUCUUUACUUCAAGAAAAAAGUUGUAAUAUCACACAAGGCAUAUUAUGAGAUUUAAAAAAAAAUACAUUGACAAUAAAUUACUUUUUUUUUUUUUAAUACUUUGACCUACUACUUUUUUUUCUCAUAACAAGUGUUUUCCUUUUUUUUGUUACAACUUUUUUCUCAUAUUUUUUUUUUCACUUUUGUACACCCCCCAAAAAUAUUCUGACAAUAUUAUGACUUUAUUCUCAUAACAUUGCAACAAUUCAAAAAAAUACAAAACAUUUUUUUGACAAUAUUUAAAACUUUUUUCCCCCUAUGAUAAUGACAUUUUAAAAAAAUUCUUGUGAAAGUGUUAAUUAAAAAAAAUGAUAAUAAUUUUACAAAUAAUAUAACGACGUUAUGUUCAUUAGAUAUAACCUUUUUCUCAGAGGUAUGAAAAAAAAAGUCCAACUUCUUUCAAGUACUAUUGCAUCUUUAUUAUUAUAAGUUUGCAGCAUUUCACUGAAAAAAAAAUCCAAGAAAAAAUAUGUCAGGUUCUGUCAAUUUUACCUUUAUAAUUCUAAAAAACUCAUUCAACUGUGUUUGUAAUAUUACAACUUUUUUCUUGAACAAAAGGAAAAUGUUAGUUUUAUUCUAGCCUAAUACUGCACUCCUUCAUGCACUACAGCGAGCACAUGUUAAAUAGUCACGUUUCAACCAACUCCCAUGUCUGAAAGGGGCUUCAAUAAAAGCAACAAAAAAAAAAAAUCCUCUAUUUUGUCUUAAGUUGCACUGGACAAGACACUAAAUGUAUCGUGAUGUCAGUCAUGACCAAAGUAUUCCAUGCUAAGAAGCCAUGUGGAAAUACACACACACACACACACACACACGCACGCAUAUUAAUGCAGUAUGCAUACACAGUAUAGACCGUACGUUUCUAGAAUGUGUACUCUAGGUGGAUUGUAGUGCUAGCCCGCUAAUAAUGGCAGUACAGGGAGGUUGUAGCAGCUGCUGUACUUUUCAAGUACCAGACUGGAUCUGAUUCCACCACACAAACAAUAUUAUUCCAAACCUAUGAUUGAUUUAGACAAGAGCGGCGCAUACAAACGUGACCACUGGUGUCGUAGCAGCGUGUGACCGACCAACACUCGCAUACAUCCACAUGCACACACGCACACUGUAGACCAGUUAUGCUUCAUUUCUGAAAAAAAAAAAAGGCUUGAGUCACUUUUUUUGUUUUGUUUUUACAUCUGAGUUUGUAUUCCUCUUAAGAUGAUUGUGCGUGUGGAGUCUGAUUCUGUUGACAAUAGUUCCGUUAUUUUGUUGAUGCUUUUUUUUUUUUUUU